GGGCAGAACAUGAGCAAAAGCUACACUCUGAAGCAGCCUGGAAGAAUUGCCUACGAUGCUGGUAUGAUCAAGAAGUUUUGGGAGGAAAAGAUCGAGCUGCACACAAAACAGCUGCAGAGCGAGGACAUGAGGACCCGCAGGAGUGCCCUGGACAGGCUCCGCGGUGAGUGGGCUCGGAUGCUGGAGGGCAGGAACAAGAUGCUGCAGGGCCCCCCCGAGGCCCCCACGCGGCCGUGCCUGCUGGGCCCCCAGCCUUCCCACGCACGAGACACAACGGCAGCCUGAGGCUGCAGGGCCUGAGCGCAAGCGGGAGUCGGAGGAGUUGCUCAUCCCCCGUCCCCGCGGCCACGGGUCCCAUCACGGCGUCAUCCUCCCCCCAGCACAUGGCAGGUACCCAAUAAAGCCCAACAU